AAUGGAAUUGGUUUCAAUUAAUUCAUACACCAUCAUCAGAGGCCGGACGCAAAAUGCAAUGGAUUUUGUUGUGUUUGCUACCCGUUGUGUUUGCAAUCGAUAUAGAUUAUUACGACGAUACAUUGCUGCGGGCCAGAGACGAUGAUGAUAGUGUAUGUAUUAAAUGGAAACGGGAUGACUGUGCCCAGAGAUGCAGGCCAGACUAUUCCGUUUGCAUCGGAAACGUAUGCUUCUGCCUCUCAUUGACAUACGGUGAAGACAAGAAUAUACUGCGUCACCACAUCGCUCAUUUCUGCCCGAGCAUAGACAAGGCUAAGCAAUGCAUCUUCAAAUGCAUGAAGUCCGGCCAGCCGGCGUUCUGCGGCAAGGACAAUGUGUGCUACUGCGGCCACCGCUACACCCCGAUGGAUGACAACAGCAAAAACAACACGAAGGCGGCGUACAGUCAGUUCAGGGAACUGUACCAGAAAUACUUCGGACCCAACUAUGCUGAUGAUUAUGAAGUGAUCUAAUUGGAACGGAUUAUGCCACAGUCACAGAAAUAAAGAAAUAAAAUG